AUGGCUGAAAGAAAUACAGGUUCUUCUUCGUCUUCAAUUGGGUUUCUAUCAAUGAAAUCAUUAUUCGGUUUGUUGUCAAUUGCAUUAAUGGUGUUCAUGUUAUCAUGGUUCUUACUCUUAACCUCCGACGGCCGAUCUCGACUCAUCGAUCACAAUCUAUUACCCCAUUCAAGGCAACAUUCCACCAUCGACAAUCCCAAUCCCACCCCAAAUUCUCCGACCCACAAUGCACAAUCAAUCCAUCAUCAACAACCAGAAAUUCUAAGAGUCUUCAUGUACGAUUUACCCCCAGAAUUCCAUUUCGAGAUCCUGUACUGGAAUCCAGAGGGUAAGAAUAUAUGGCCGGAUCUCCGUUCAAAAGUGCCGGAGUACCCCGGCGGAUUAAACCUGCAACAUAGCGUAGCGUACUGGCUCACUCUAGACCUUUUAUCCUCAAAUACUCAAACCGCCAUUAGAGUUUAUAACUCGAGUGAAGCUGACGUCAUCUUCGUCCCCUUCUUCUCUUCUGUAUGCUUCAAUCGAUUUUCUAGGUUAAACCCUCAUCAAAAAACCAACAGGAACAAAGAACUACAACAGAAGUUAGUCAAAUACCUAACGGGUCAACCCGAAUGGAAAAGAUCCGGCGGCAUAGACCACAUUAUUGUCGCUCAUCAUCCUAACAGCUUACUCGAUGCGAGAUAUCAGCUAUGGCCCGCCAUGUUUAUCCUUUCAGAUUUCGGAAGGUAUCCGCCAACUAUUGCAAACAUCGAUAAAGAUCUAAUCGCACCUUACAAACACAUAAUCAAAAGCUACACCAACGAUUCAUCAACUUUUGAUACCCGACCCAUUUUACUGUUCUUCCAAGGCGCCAUUUACAGAAAAGACGGAGGUUUCAUCCGUCAAGAAAUCUUCUACCUUUUACAGAAAGAAAAAGACGUUCAUUUCAAAUUCGGAAGUGUUCAAAAGCAAGGGGUUCCUUCUGCUACAAAAGGAAUGCGAUCUUCAAAAUUCUGUUUAAACAUCGCAGGUGACACCCCGUCUUCUAACCGUUUGUUUGACGCCAUUGUUAGCCACUGUGUUCCUGUGAUUAUUAGCGAUGAAAUUGAGUUACCAUUUGAAGAUGUUCUUGAUUACUCGGAGUUUUGUGUUUUUGUGAAGACGUCUGAUGCUAUAAAAGAGGGGUUUUUGAUCAAUUUUAUUAGAAGUAUUGGGAGAGAUGAGUGGACUCGAAAAUGGAAGAAGCUUCAAGAAGUCAAACAUUAUUUUGACUAUCGGUAUCCUUCUGUGAAAGGUGAUGCAGUGCAGAUGAUAUGGAGAGGGGUUUUGAAGAAAGUUCCGGUUAUAAAGAGGCGGUUACAUGUUGCAAACCGGUUUUCAAGAUUUGGAAAACCGGACCGGAAGUUUUUCCAGUUGCCUAGAAAUUUAACAGUUUGA